AUGAAGCUGAUCUAUUUUACCUUUCAGCUUGUGUAUAAGAGAAGAUCCUCGACAAGUCAACAUGAUUUCUACCGGGAACCUUCAUCGUCCCGAACAGAUUCGGACGAAAGAAGUCCAGAAGAACCUUUCCGAGGUCAUUCCUAUUCCAGCGAUAGACAACGAGCUGGACGACGCGCCUCGUGGUCGGAAAUGACCAGAAUGACGGAACCAAUCCGACGUGAAAUGGUACAGAAAAGAAUUCCUUCUUUCGAAGGGUUGGAAUUUUCCACAGACGAGCCUCUAGACUCUGAAAUGGAUGGUAGAGUGGAGAUACGAAAAGUAAAGAAGGUGUGGUCCUACAAAACAGUGCAUGAAAGAAGCGCUGAUCAAUCAAGUUAUGGAGGACGGGAUGACCAGUCAAUGAAAACUUCGACAAUGAAGACAGAAGAUACAGGACCCAAAUCAAAUAUAACGGCAGCUGAAGGACAUGUGUACUGUCCAGUUGCUAAAUGGGACGUCGAUUACACCAACAGGAAUUAUGUUCGCAGUAAAUGUAACAAGCCUAUUGGGUUGCACCGUUACACAUUAGGAAGACAGUUCAAGCAUGAUGUAGAUUAUGAUAACUCACACUACCUCAGAAGCAAAGUGAAUGCACCCAAAGGUCUGCACAGGCGGACGGAAGAGAUUAAGAGAAAACGAGUGCCUGAUAAAGAUGUUCUGGGUGACAGCACAGGAUGGGAAUUUGAAUAUGGACCAGAAUUUUUACAAGUGGAAGAAGACGUGCCCUAUAUGCCAGAUGAGCGAGUUGUUGGUCGAGGAGCUUAUCGCUGUUAUGGCGUGAACCGAAGUAAUUCCGACACAGAUAUUAAAGAUGAAGAAAAACGGCAGAAAAUACCUGGGUUGGUUGAGGACGAGUUUAAGUACGGCCCAGAAUUUUUACAAGAUGAUGUUCAACACACAUUAAAGCAAAAAGAUGGUGUUAUUGGCAGAGGCGCUUAUCGCUUUUAUGAUGCGGAUAGAAGUCAAUGCGACAAGAAGCCUUGCGAUAUGAUGGGAAUCGAUUAUAGGGAGAGUAGAACUAGAACAGACAUACAGCCGGAUGAAAACGAAGACGAAGACAAAGGAGAUUCGAAAGGCAAACCUUUCAAGCGCACAGUUUUGAAGAAAACUUUGAAAUUAUCCCAGCGGCCGUCCGACGAGAAGUUAUUCGGCGAUGAUCGAUACAGAUACGGCACUCACCUAAAGUUUGUGCCUGGCAUGGGCACCAGAAGUACUUAUGAAGGGACUCCAACGGAAGAAAUAGGCAGAAAACCCGAUUUACAUGUGACGAAACACCCGAGUAUCCGAAGUGUUUUUAAGCAGACAAACAAGACGUGCAGUUACUCGAAGUGUGGUCCAUCUGAAGAAGGCUAUCGCUGUGAAAAGAAAUACAGCCACAAGCAUUUCUGGGAUCGGUACCCAAGUGGGAAAAAUAAUGGUGAUUAUUCUGUGUCCAAAGCGAUUUAUCCAAAGGAAAUGAAAGGACAGAAUUUUGGAUCCUUUGAUCGCUGUGAUGUUUGCGAAAGAAAAGAAACUCCAGAAAAGGGAAAGAGGCCUCCUGCACAAAGUUACACGAGCUACGAAAGCUGUAACCUUUGCGAAAGAAAAGAAGUGCCUGGAAUGCACAAGACAGUUGAUAUGAGCGACGACAGCUGCCUCAUUUGUGAAAAGAAAAAAACACCAGAAAGGGGCAGGAAAAUGUCACCAGGUUCAGGAUUUACCCGUGGCUCAGCUUACUCGAGCAAAGGCUACUCUGAAAAGGAAAAGAGAUCACCUGGACGAAGUUAUGAGAGCUUUGAUAGCUGUGACCUGUGCGACAAAAAAGAACUACCACGAGUGGCUACUCCAGAAAAAAUAAAGGAACUAAAAAGAAGGAAAGGGUCUAUCCGAGACACUUAUGAGGAAAAACCUAGUCCUGCUUAUCGCAAUAAUGACAGAGGUUACGGAAAGACAGAGAUGUAUGAAAAGAGAAGAAAGACAUCACCAAGGGAAUAUGGUGCUUCUGAAGGCGAUAAGUUCCACAAAUGGAAAGAAAUGGAGAAAAGAGAGACACGUCCUUUGAGAAUGACAGGUUCCAUCACACAAAGACAUCCCAGAAAUGUUCGGAAAGAACCAAGGGAAAGAGAUUGCUACCCAAGGCACCUUAAUCAAUAUGCUUUUCCAACGGAAAUGAUGGACGAUGCCGAAGAAGACGAUGAGGAAAUGCUCAGCGAAAUGUCGCCAUCCAUUGAAAACAGAAUUAACGAAAUAAAGGAGAGGAUAUCAGAAAAAUGUACCCCACGUGAAAAGGGGAAAGUAAGACAAAAGAGCUCUCCCAAAGGGUUCACUGGCUCAAGUUCAAAGAAGCGCGCCUUUAAAGCUCCGAAGCAUGAUGAUUGCCUCGGAAGACAUCAGGAUCAGUUUAUUUAUUCAGGAGAAGUGAUGAAUGAUGAUCAAGAUAUGUCCUCCGAGGAGUUCGAGCCACAUGUCGAAAGUACCAUCAAGAUAGUGAAGAAGAAACUAUCGAGGACUUCCUUCACGAAUGGAAAGAGAAAAAUUUCUCCCAAAAGGAUGAAUGAUUCUGUUUCUAUACAGCUUCCCAAUGACGCUCGAAAAGACAGGAAACAUAAAGACUUAUCUAAUAAACAUCGAGUUCAGGAAACAAAUGCAAGAAGGAUAACGGAAAACGGGAAAAUUGCUGAGAAAUUUCCGUCUCACUCGGGAAACAGAAUUAAAACCAAGGCCAAGAAAACAUCGCCAACAAAACUUCCAGAAGUUAAAAGAAAGAGUUUAAAAGGAUUCACUGAAGAAGAUAUGGAUGAAUUCAGUGAUUCUGAUGAAAUCGAUUUUGAAGAACACAAGAAUCAUCCUAAAGACCAUGCAAAAUCUUAUGAAGAUGGUUAUGAAAAAUAUGUGAAUAAAAAUGGAAGUGAGAUUUGGAUCAAAGCAGAAGAAAAAUAUUCAGAACUGCAUCAUAUACCUUGAAUAUAAUUUCAUUGAUGGCAACACAUUAUUUACUCUCUAAGAUUCCCC